CAACAUGGCAGUAUCGAACCGCUCUAACGCGUCUUUGACCCUCAUCUGCGUCAAACUGACCACAGUCAUGGGUCUGACUUGGAUUCUGGAGCUUGCUGCCAACUGGAAGCAAACGAACUUCCUGCGUUACCCAUCUACUGUGUUAAACAGCUUACAAGGAUUUUUCAUCACGUUGUGUUUUGUUACCACUAAAAAAGUCCGAGGUCUGGUCAGGGAAAGAUUUUCCAAACGAAGAAAUGAAGUAGUUAAAGUGCAAGCAAGCUCCUCUCGUGACCAUCGUACAGGAUUUACUAAUGUUGAAAGAGCUUCAGGUUCAUCCCCUGUUUCCUCACGACGAGGGAUGCAAAACUAUGCUUACAGUGUCUCUUGUGUCUGAAUCCAUCCAUUUUCUUUUGUAUCUGAAAGAAAUUCGUUAGCGCUAGUCGAAGAAAGCAAAACUAUUUUAGUUUUAGGCAAAUGAAGGUACUACGAUCUUUUGGAUUUGAUGACUAUAGAGAUCAAAGACCUUGUAACAAAUGGACGCUUUGUGGAGCAAAGGAACAGAGGAACAGUUUGAGCAGACCUUUUGUAGCUACUGGUAUUUGAUGAGCAAACAACAGGAUGAGUUUAUGAUGAAAAUGGAAUUGAAAUAGUGACCUACGUAUUAAAACGAUGGAAUAACAAUUAUUUACAGGAGUAAUUGUUUUACAUGUGAGUCUUCAAGUAUAAAAGAGAAACAAUGAAACAGAAAUUCCUCACUAACCUGUCCUCAAGAAACAAGUUUCUUGUAACAAGCGUACUUAAUAUUACUUUUCACAUUUUUUCUAUCAGGGGUGUUUUCUCAAUAAACUGGUUCAUUUUGAAGUAAACACUGGACGAAAAAUUGAGGAAUUGAGUUAAUCCCUGCGCUGUAUUGGAUAAACCUUUAAUAUGGAGUC